CAACUCUAUUCGCCGGUGUUUUGGUGUACAGCCUCCUUUUCACCAGGAAUUCUGUAUGUAAUCUUGGAAAGCGGCAUCAUUUCUACUCGUGUCAUGAAGUUGUAAAAUUUAUAAAUACCCAGCUUUGUCCAGGAUGGAUAUAGUUGAAUACAUUCGAAAUCUAGCCCUUCACAUAUUAAAAGGAGAAUGAACUUCGCGAUUGUUUCAAUCUUUGUACUUUUCGUCUUUCAAUCGGCUUUUGCUGAUGACAAAACUACCCCUCCUGUGGAAGUUGUGGGUAACAAAUUUUACUUUUCAAACAAUGGUUCUCAAUUCUUAAUGAGAGGGAUCGCCUACCAGCAAAACACAGCCAAUUCAACUGAAAAUUUGCUGUUCAUUGAUCCUCUUGCUGACGAGAAGACUUGCGAAAGAGACGUCAAGUAUUUCAAAGAAUUGAACACAAAUACUUUGAGAGUUUAUGCUGUAAAUGGGUCAUUAGACCAUGAUGCAUGUAUGGAUAUUUUCUCAGAAGCCGGUAUUUAUAUUAUUGCUGAUUUAUCAGAACCAGAUCUUUCAAUUAAUAGAAACAAUCCAGAAUGGAAUCUUGAUUUGUACAAGAGAUACACAGAGGUUGUCGACAUGUUUGAAAAGUAUCCAAAUGUGUUGGGAUUUUUUGCUGGAAACGAAGUUACAAAUGAUAAAUCCAAUACUGAUGCAUCUGCGUUUGUUAAAGCUGCUGUUAGAGACACUAAGAAAUACAUCAAAGACAAACAAUACAGAAAUAUACCUGUCGGAUACUCAUCAAACGAUGACGAAGAUAUUAGAGUUGCAAUUGCUGAUUACUUUGCCUGUGGUGAUUUAGACGAGAGGGCUGACUUCUUUGGGAUAAACAUGUACGAAUGGUGUGGAGAGUCUACUUUUAAGACUUCGGGUUACCUGGAUAGAACUGACGAGUAUAAGAAUUUGACUAUUCCUGUGUUUUUCUCAGAAUACGGUUGUAAUGAAAAGAGACCAAGAAAAUUCACAGAAGUUGGUGCCAUCUUCAGUGAUGACAUGACUGAUGUAUGGUCUGGUGGAAUUGUCUACAUGUACUUUGAAGAGCAAAAUAAAUAUGGUCUUGUUUCAAUUAAAGGGGAUGAGGUACAAACCCUUGAUGACUACAAAUACUACAAAAGUGAGAUUAACAACAUCAGCCCCAACUAUGCUAAAUCAUCUACUGCCUCAGUGGAAGCCACCCAAACAUUUGCAUGCCCGGCUUCUGCCUCAACUUGGAGAGCAGCAGUCAAAUUGCCCCCAACUCCCGACGAAGACUUCUGCGAAUGUAUGGCUCUGACUUAUGAAUGUGUUAUUAGAGAUAAUGUUCCGCAGAAGAAUUUCAAGAAUUUGUACUCCGAAAUUUGCGGCCAAAUUGACUGUUCUCCAAUUUCUGUAAAUGGUAGUAAAGGUGAGUACGGAAGCGUGUCUUUUUGCUCGGACAAGGAUAAGUUGUCUCACGUUUUAAAUGAGUAUUACCUCAGUUCAGACAGACACCUGUCGGCUUGUGACUUUAAUGGUUCUGCUACCCUUGCCAAGAGUGUUGAAACAGGCAAGACAUGUAGCGCCAAGGAUGGAUCUGUUAACUCUGCGGGCAGUUCCAAUUCCAAGAGUUCGGAUACUAGCCAAUCUACUUCGACAUCUACGAAAAGUUCAGGAGCCAUUCAAAGUUUCCAGAUUGCUUCCAAGUAUGAUUUGUUGGCAAUAUCUAUAUUUAUGGGAUGCCUCUUCAGUGGCGCAACAAUAUUAUUCAUUUAAGUGCUGUUGUAUUUGGUCUAUUCCGCUUGAUCAUUUGAUAUACAAUAUGACUAUACUGAAGAAUUCUUGACUAAAGAUAAAUAAACUUCUAAUAUAGGUUCAAAUAUCACUCUAUAUGUACUACAUGAUUAAUUUAAUUAGCAAUCAUGAAGAUUUCGUUAAGCGCUUUAGCAUCCAUGACCGACGCACGCUUUUGCUUGAUCCACUUAGAUCUAGCAGCAAGUCUAGUGGAGAUAGGUUGUUCUUCUGAGACGCUAGGUGCAAGUUCCGAAGAAUUUUUUACUUUAUUUUGCAUCGACUCCUUCUUCUCUUUCUUCUCCUUCUUCUCUUUCUUCUCUUUCUUUACUCUUCUUUCCUUGUUGUCUUUCGUGACAUUCUUUUCUUUCUUUUCUUUCUUUUCUUUUCUGUUCUUUCUUUCUUUCUUCACUUCCUUUUCUUUCUUCUUUUUUCUUUUCAUUGUCACAUUAUCAUCGCCAAAGGAUUUUCUCUUCUUGGGUAUACUAACUUCUAUAAGGGUAGCUGAAGUAGACAUAACUUUCUGCGUCUUUGUGUCCCACGUACUUCUUAGAACUUCCCCUUUUACAAAAUGCAUUCCCCAUUUUCCGUUUAUGAUCUUAUCUUUUCUUUGUCUUUCAAGUUCACUGUUGAUCUUUUCUUCUUUACCAUUGAGUCGACCCAAAAUUCGUUGAAAAACGUCAAGCCCUGCACUGUCAUUGUCUAUUUCAUCUUUACCAUUUUUCUUAGCUAACCUUGCUCCUAAACCAAGAUUAUCGCCCUUUAUAGUAACCUUCACGUGUGAAGUCAUCGCAUGGUCUACAAGUCCCAAACCCUUCCCAGGCUGCCAUCCCAUCUUCUCUAGGUAUUGAUGUCCAAAUCGAUUCGUAUCAUUUGACCAAUUUGUAUUAC